GAAAACAACAAAAAUGUGUUUAGAAACCUAAACAAGCGUCUGAUACAGGAUGGACUUGAUCCAAACAUAUCAAUUGAUCACAAGCUUUCUUACAUUUGGAAUCUUCUGCUGGAUUCAGAGUCACAACUGGACAGCCUACAAGAUCGAAUGCAACGCUCAGAUAGGCGACAUGCUACAGAACUGGAAGAACUUGAAAAAUACAUGGCGGCAAUGCAGGAUACUGCAGAAACUGUGGAGAUGGAAAAUAAAGAGCUGAAGAAAAAGGUAGUGGAGUUAGAAGACAGAAAGGGUAAUAGCAGGAAUCAUGCAAGUCCAACUGAUAGUCUCGAAUCUGGAACCAACAGAGAGGAUGAGCUAAAUGAACAUGAGCAUUUAGUACAGAAGGUACAGCAAAUGACGAGGGAGAGAUUGGAGUUAGAUGGUAUACUGCAGGACACGCAGCUAGCCAUGGCUGACAUGGAACGAGAGAGCAAGCAGCUGCUACUGGACAAGGAGGAGAUAGCACACAAGCUGGGUGAAGCUCUGUAUCAGUGUGAUGAGAUGGAACAACAACUGAGAACUGCUCUGUGUGGUGAUGAAUCAUCGAAGCAAGCUGAGUGGAAGCUUAAUGAGGAAAACCUGAGGCUAAUUCAAGAGAUCAAUGCUGCUAAGCUGAAACUCGUAACCACGGAGACAGACUUUUCAGCUUUUAGAAAUGAAGCCAAAACAAAUCGGAAUCGACUUGAGAACACGAUCGGUGAUAUGAAAGAGGAAGCUAAGCGACUGAGGAGUGAGCUUCAGUCCAGCGUGAAGAUGGAGCAGGUUGAUGGAUCAGAGCAGCAGAAGGUGACUGUGUGCCGCGCGAUGGAGAGGCUGGAGCAGCAGAGGACUGCGUUCGAUGACGAGGUGAAGCGGGUGACAAGUGACUACGACCGACUGAGACUCGAUCACGCCCAGUCACUGCGCACGGCCGAACGCGACGCCGACAACUACGGUCACCAGCUGCGCCGGCUGGAGGCUGAGAAAAGCCAUCUCGAGACAGAGAAAGAUCAUCUUGAGACAGAGAAGGGUCGUCUUGAGACAGAGAAAGAUCGUCUUGAGACAGAGAAGGGUCGUCUCGAGACAGAGAAAGAUCGUCUUGAGACAGAGAAAGAUCGUCUAGAGACAGAGAAAGAUCACCUAGAGAUGGAAAACAAUCGUCUAGAGACGGAGAAAGGUCGUCUUGAGGCAGAGAAAGAUUGUCUUGAGACACAGCUUGCCAGAGCCAGACGGUCUCGUGAGCGAAGUCCUGCCAAUGAGAUGUCUCAACUCUCCACGAAUGAUGAGCAGCAGCAGCCACAGGAGAAGAAGGAGAAGGAGGAAAAGAAGGAGAAGGAUGAAAAGAAGGAGAAGGAGGAGGAGGAGGAGGAGAAGGAGGAGGAGGAGGACGUUGUCAUGGCGACGAGAUGCGAUGAUGGGCCGUCGACGGAGUCGGGCGUGUGCGCGGGAAAGCUGUACAGCGAGCGAGAAUACGUCGCCGUUCUCGAGGAGCUGCAGUCGACGCGCCUCAGCAACUACGAACUUAACGAGGAGAUCGACGCGCUGAAGUCAUCGCUGCUCGCCGCGCAGACGACGCUCAAGGUCAAGUCGAGGUCGCUCGAGGUCGGCGCGAAGUCGCGUGAGAGUGAGCGCCUCCUGGUGGAGGAGCUGGAGCGGUUGCGCGGCGAGAACGUGGCGUUGGCGUUGGAUGAGGAGCGAGCGAAGGCGCUCGGCAAGCAAGCGAGCGACGCACUGCGGCGGGACAUGGAGCGGCUGGCGGCAGUCAACCGCGAGCUAGAUGGGCGCCUGCAGGCAAUCGCGCACGACGCGAAGGAGUCGGCAAACGCCGACCUGCGUAAGCUCGAGUCCGUACAGAAAGCGCGACUCGACGCGCGCCACCAGGCGGAGGCACUGACGCUCGAGAAUGCGAGACUCCGGGCAGAGCUGCACGACGGCGAGGCGGCCCAGGGGGCGCUGCGAGCGACCGUCGACGAGCUCGAGCGCAACACUGGCGCCCUCCGGCGGGAGAUCGCCGAGUUGAAGGCGAGCCACCAUGAGGAGAUGGAGUGUUUGACGGCGCGGCAGGCAGCGAUCUGCGACGAGGGUGCAGCGCUGCGGGAGGAGAUCGACAAGGUGAUACAGAUGCGGCGGCGCGACGUUGACGUAGCACAGGGGAAGCUGAGCGCUUCGUUAGAGGAAAACCUCGGCUGCAAGCGGCGACUGAACGAGAUGGAGAUCGCGCUCGCGAAGGAACGUGAGCGCGCGCGUAAGUCGGCCGAGGCAGCGGCCGCCGCCCUCCUGCGGGUGGAGGACGGUGAGGGGCGAUGUACGGGCGAGCUCGACGCAAAACAAGCGAGCAUCCGAACGCUCGAGAGCGGGCUGCGGGACGCGCAGGCGCUCGUCGACGAGCGGGAGCGAGGUCACCGGCUCGAGGUCGCCGGGUUGCUAGGCAACCUGGAGCGCGAGCGCGCGACAACGCUCAACUGCAAAUCGAGACUCGAAGAGGCGGAGCGUCUGGUUGCCGCGGGCGACGACGACCGACGCGCCGGCGACGCCCGCCAGGCGGCGCUGAAGAACGAGAUGGGGGCGCUGCUGACGAAGCUGCAGCGGGUGGGGGAGGAGGCGCGACGGCGGACGGAGGAGGUGGCGGCGACGCGGACCAAAUACGACGCGACGGCGCAGGCCUUGCGCUCGGAGCUCGAACGCGCGCGCCGGGAACGCAACGUCGCCGUGGCGACGCUCGAGCGUGCGGAGGCAGACGCAGACGAGCAGACUCGGGAUGCAGAGCGGAAGCUGCGGAACGAGAAUGAAUCCCUGCGCGCGGAGAACGCCGCGCUCACGGACGCGCGCACGCAAGAGGAGCGGCGGAUCGAGGAGGAGCAGCGAUCGACAGAGCGACGGAGGCAGGACCUCGAAGACCGUCUCAGCACGGCGCUGUUCGCCAAGCAGAAGGAAGCCGAGUUCCUCUCAGAGAAGGUCGAGGACGGCAGGCGGGCGACGCAGGAGCUGGAGAAGAGACAGCAGGAGUUGAAAGAGGAGAUGGAGCGGGAGCAUCUAGCGACCUCUGUGAGGAUGAAGGGAGCGGAGGCAGAGGCGGCGAAUGUGGGCGCGCUGCGGGAGCGUCUGCGAAUCUCCGACGACGCAGCGCGUGCUCUCUGCGAUGACCUCACACUAGCACGCCGGCACACGCAGGAAGCUACCGACGUCGCUCACCAGGUGGCAGCACUGCAGCAGGAUGAGCUGGUGGCUCUGCAGGAUCAGGCGAAGAGGCGUGAGCGCGACCUGGUGGGCAUGCGAGAGCAGAUGGAAGCGGAGAAGGACAGGCUGCAAGCACAGGUGGAGAUGCUAAAUGCAAAACACUUGCAGAUGCAAGCUAUGAAGUCACACAUCGAGUCGGAGCUUCAGGCGUCGAUGUCAGAUCACAGAGAGGAGGUGCGGAAGCUGAGGAGUGAGCUCAGCGCCAUGACGACGGAGCGAGAUGAGGUGGCUGGGCGGAUGCGGAAACUGCAGAGAGAUGCUCAGCUGCGUAGGGAGAAGCUGGAGUCUGAGCGGGUACGCGUGCAGGAGGAUCAGAACAAGGUGGCUGGGCUAGAACAGAAGCUGGCAGAGACCAGCGGAUUGCUACAGACAGCCGAACACCGUCUGGGGAAGAUGGCCGACACUAAACAGCAGCUGCAGAUCAGACUAGCAGAGCUCAGUGAAAUACAGCAGGUGUUGUGUGUUGAACAGACGCAAAGAGUAUCCAUCGAGCGCGAACUGGAGACAUUGAAAGAAGAGGUGUCACUGCAGAAGGCCAAAGAAUCACACGGGUCGUUGCCUGCCCUGAAGCAGCAGUUGCAGAGCAAAAAUUCUUCUGAGAUUAUCUGUGCGAAGGACAAAGAAAUUGUUGGGAUAAAAGCAGAGAUGGCACGUCUACAGAGAGUGCUAGAUGCCGAGUCACAACGCAGAAAGACAAUGUCACAGCGUAGGAAAAACCAGCUAUCUAAUCAUAGAGAGGCUCACGUCAGGAAUGUGAAGCAGCUGGAGAAGCUGAUUGGCAGCCUAGAGCAGGAAUUGCAGUUAUGCCGACUGGAGCUGACUGGAGAGAGACAGCUGAGCGAUCAGCUGAACAAAACCCUGUCCAUCCUGCACUCUGAGAAACGACAGCUGCUGCUGAGGGUGGAAGAGGCGACUACGGCUGUCAGAGACAGCAACAGGAGAGAACAUCUAUUGCACAGCCGCUGCCAACUUCUCGAGAAGCAUGUAUCCUGAUCACCUACAGUCUCGUUUGCUCCGGAAUUAUGCUGUUCUAAAUUGGGAGUGCACCCAUCACAGUAACAGGGCUGCCAACUCUCACACAUUCGGCGUGAUACUCAGGCAAUUGAGGCUAAUCUCAUGCUCUCACGCCGGAUCUGCUAAUUCUCACGCAUACAGAAGCAAUGAAGCAGAAACGUUUUGAGCCAUCCAUAUAUAUACAUGUACCUGAUCCAUCUAAAAGCAGAACUACAUUAUAUUGCAUUACAUACAUGUGUAUGUUUAAAAACUCACUUAAGUAUGCAGCACAAUGCACAAUUUCAAGCUGAAAAUGCAAAAGCUCCCUGGUGUGGGAGAGGGGGGGGGUG